AUGGCUAUCUUAGGGACGGCGCUCAAUGGCAUCGGCGCGCUCUUCCUCACACAUGCUAUCUACUCCACCCACGAACACACCGCAACCUUUGCCUCAACACCCCUCCCACUCGACAUCUCACUCGAACUUCUGACCUCCAUUCUCCUCCUCUCCCUCGGUAUUGUCAUUUCUUUCGCGCCGCUAAAGCCAAUACAAUACGCACAAUGGGCGGGCCAACUUUCGCGGGAAGGACGACUUGGUGAAGGUCACUACACAAAAGAAGGUGAAGAGGUCUUGAGCGAAGGAGAUCCGUAUGCAUUCCUGGGACUGGAUGGUGGCAUCGGUGGGAAAGGUGAGGGCAGGAGAGGGUUCUGGGACGUCAUUGGCAAGAAGAAAGAAUACGAGGAGUGGGUUAGGCAGGGUGGGAAACAGUAG